AUGACAAAGGGAAAGGUGGAAACUUUCAAGGAGAAGUUCUACAUAGACGAGGAGAAAAAAGAGGUGCACCUGACAGCAUUGGAGGGAUCAACUGUAUUAGAGCUAUACAAGUCUUACAAAAUCAUCUACCAGCUAUUUGACAAGGAGGGCACCACUAUUGUGAUAAUUAUUAUUGUGUACGAGAAGCGAAACAAGGAUGUCCCUCCUCCACAUAAAUACAUGAAUUUCGGAAAAAGUCUGAUUAAAGACAUUGAUGCUAGCCUUGUCAGCGCAUGA